CCGCCCCUCCGAGCCGCACCUGUCCCCCCUCCGCUCCGGCCGGCGCCAGUGCCAGAACCAGCCAUGCCCCGCACCCAGGGGCCCUUCUUCUUCCCCAUGGCCCACUUCGUCCUCUUUGUCUUCACGGCCUCCACCAUCUUCCACCUUCAGCAGCGGCUGGUGAGGAUCCAGCCCCUGCCGGCCGCCGAGAGGCUGGUGCCCGUGGAACCUGAGGACAACGCCUCCAGCGCCCCGAGUGCCGCGAACGCCCGGAGCACCCAGAUCACCCCAAGCGUCCCGAGCACCCCGAUCGCCAGGAGUCCCCCGAGUGCACCGAGCGCCCUGAGCACCCGGAUCACCCCGAGCGUCCUGAGCACCCGGAUCACCCCAAGCGUCCUGAGCACCCCAAGCACCCCAAGCGUCCGGAGCACCGCGCCCCGGGGCAUGUGGACCAUCAACGCCAUCGGCCGCCUGGGCAACCAGAUGGGCGAGUACGCCACGCUGUACGCGCUGGCCAGGCUGAACGGGCGGCCGGCCUUCAUCCCCGCCGAGAUGCACAGCACGCUGGCGCCGCUCUUCCGCAUCUCCCUCCCGGUGCUGCCGGCCGCCGCGGCCCGCGGGCUGCCCUGGCUCAACUACCCGCUCCACGACUGGAUGGAGGAGCGGUACCGCCACAUCCCCGGCGAGUACGUGCGCCUCACGGGCUACCCCUGCUCCUGGACCUUCUACCACCACCUGCGCGCCGACAUCCUGCGCGAGUUCGCGCUGCACGACCACGUGCGCGAGGGGGCGCAGGCGUACCUGCGCGGUCUGCGCGUGCGCGGGCGCCGCCCCGCCACGUACGUGGGCGUGCACGUGCGCCGCGGGGACUACGUGCGCGUCAUGCCGCAAGUGUGGAAGGGCGUGGUGGCCGACCGCGCCUACCUGCAGGCGGCGCUGGACCGCUUCCGGGCCCGGCACGCGUCCCCCGUGUUCGUGGUCACCAGCAACGACAUGGCCUGGUGCCGCGAGAACAUCGACGCGUCCCGCGGGGACGUGGUGUUCGCGGGCGACGGCGUGGAGGGCUCGCCGGCCAAGGACUUCGCGCUGCUCACGCAGUGCAAUCACACCGUCAUGACCAUCGGCACGUUCGGCAUCUGGGCGGCCUACCUGGCCGGCGGGGAGACCGUGUACCUGGCCAACUACACGCUCCCGGACUCGCCCUUCCUCAAGGUCUUCCGGCCGGAGGCCGCCUUCCUGCCCGAGUGGUUUGGGAUCGCCGCCGACCUGUCCCCGCUGCUCAAGCCCUGAGCCCGGCCCGCCCCGGGCACCCCCGCUCCUGGCUCCUGGCUCCCCCGAGACCAGAUCCGCGCCUGUGGGGUGAGCGCCCCGUGGCCUGGGCCAGGACCCUUCCCUCUCACAGCAGAGGACUUCCGGCCACCGCCAGGGGGCGUCCCAGCAAACGUGUUUAACCUCGUCACGUGGCCAGAGGUGGCACAGGCCCCGG